AUGGCGGCCCAGACACCAGUUCCUGGAUGUCCCCGCCAUAAAGGAAUGGGGUUUGUUUAUGUGUGUAAAUCGUGUGAGGACGAGUUAAUUUGUAUGGACUGUGUUACAGACAGACACAACGGUCAUAAGAUGGGUAAACUGACUGAUUACGUGGCGGACCAGAAACGGGAAAUACAGCAGUAUGUUGACAAGCUUUCCAGAACCGACAUUCCUAAAAUCAAGGAGGAUAUUCGUGAACAGGAGACGAGCGGUGGAGGAUAUCAGAAAGUUAUCAGUGACAUUAAACGUCAGGGGAAACAGAUGAAAGACAACAUCGAUAACGCCAUUGAGUUGUUAGUGAAGAUGUGUAUCGAGCUAGAGAAACUGAAUAGAAGUGUAUCUGAGAAAAACAAAACUGCACUAACACAACAUCUGAGGGAGGACCUGGAGCCAAAACUGGACAGAUGCCAGCAGGUACUGACAUCCGGUACAACUGUUGACGUCACUACAUUAGCGCGGGAAAUCAGGAAUACCUCAAUUGACCCUCCCUCUCCUCGACGUUUGCAGACAGUGGAGUUCAAACCCGGGACCAUCUCCAUCGAACUUCUGGAACGCAUGCUUGGUAAGGUACUCGUCGACGGAGAAGAUCAGUCGUACAAACCGAUUCCGACACCUGUGGUUCUGUCCGAGUUUACGACGUCGUUUCCUUAUAGAUGUAUGUCAGUACAUGUCUUACUGGAUGACGAGGCAUGGUUAUCGUACUGGACGGAUGAAAGUGUGUACCGGGUUGACUUAAAAGGCAAGUGUGAAGGAGACGAUCGAAGUGUAAGGUCAAAGUCCGAUUCGAUUUCCGUAUCUCCCGACCACGGGCAGGGUGUGGUUCUGUGUCGAUAG